CCAGCGCUCACACACAUCAUACAGCCGCAGUCGGUGUCCUCCGCAACACGCUACUCCCAACUUCAGCGUCCUGUAGGGUAACAGAAGCUUGUCUCAGUUCCACGGCUUUGCUCUGAGAAACUGCUCGGACAUCAACCUUGUGACCAGCUGUUGUGUGAACGGGAACCGCGGCUUUGCAAGGAUGCGUUCAGUUUUCUUCUUCGGUGCCUUCUUCACUGUUGCGAUGUUUCCUCGAGCAAGCAGCAUGGAGAAGGUCAUCGGCUUGUACGGCGAGACCAUCAAGGUGCCUUGCAACAAUGGCGACAACAAACCAUCCGAUCUGAUGUUCACCAAAUGGAAACAUUCGCGUGAGAACGGCACUUCAGGAGAUAUCUUGGUGAAGCAGGAACAAAAGGAUGAAGCAAAGAUCACAGCCACCGACAGCUAUAAGGACCGCGCUAGCAUCGGGACUGACUCCAGCCUGCUAAUCAGUCAUGCCGACCUUAGUGAUCAGAGAGUCUUCACCUGCAUGGUGGUCUCCAUAAAUAAUCUCCAAGAAUACCCUGUUGAAGUCGAAGUGCACAAGAGACCAUCAGCACCUGAAUUCAGGAACAAAGCGAGUCGGCUGGACGACGGCAAACUGACACCGCUGGGAGAGUGUGUAGCUGCCAGUGCAAAUCCCCCAGCAGAAAUCAUCUGGGUGAAGAAUAACAAGACGCUAGAGGCUGACAACAAGCUGAUCAUUAUCAGUGCCUCUGUAAAGAAGGACCCAGUCACCGGCUUGUCCACCACAACCUCUCAGUUACAGUUCACAGCAGGGAAACAGGAUGCGACCUCAAAGUUUGCGUGCGUCGUGAAACACGUGACCGGGCCUGACCUGAUGUCUGCACCUGAAACCUUCAGCAUCCACUACCCCACUGAGAAGGUGAACCUGCAGGUUCUGUCUACAGGCUCCAUUAAGGAAGGUGAUAACGUGACACUGAAAUGCCAAGCAGACGGAAACCCUCCUCCCACCAGCUUCAACUUCCACAUUAAGGGUAAGAAGGUCCUGGUAACCAACUCGGACGUCUAUACUCUAUCCAGCAUGAAGCGGGCUGACUCUGGAGAAUAUAAGUGCUCUCUGAUCAAUAACGAAAACAUGCAGGCUUCAGCGAACAUCACUGUCACCUAUCUGGACCUGAACGUCAUUCCCUCAGGAAACAUCUUGAAAAGGGUUGGGGAAUCCUUGGAGGUGAUCAUAGACAAGAAUUCCUCAAGCGAAGCCACAGUGAUGUGGACUAAGGACAACGGCAAGCUGGACAAACUCCCCGACUUCAGCAUUCUAACGUAUAAUCACGCAGGCUACUACGUGUGCGAGGCAGCUAUAGCCGGAAUCAAACGCAGCGCCGCCUUCAAACUGGAUGUGGAAGGCAGCCCUGUGAUUAAGAGUCUGAAAAAAGAGAGGAGCACAGAUGGCAAAGCCAAGGUGCUGAUCUGUGUGGCUGAGGGAUCACCUGAACCUGCAGUGUCCUGGAGUGUCAAUGGAACCCAUAGCCAGAGCCAAUACAGCAACGGGGUAAUCACUUACAAACUAACCGUGAUGCCCAGCGCGAACCUGACGGUCACCUGCCAAGUCUCGAACAGACACGGGACCGCCAGCAAGGACAUUGAAGUGCUAUCCUUAUUUGAAGAGCAGAAAGAAUCUCAAACAGAUGAUGACGACGACAAGGCCAAGGUGAUCGUGGGCGUGGUGGUGGGUCUCAUCGUGGCAGCCGCACUAGUGGGCAUCAUCUACUGGCUGUACAUGAGGAACAGACAAGGCAGCUGGAAGACGGGCGAGAAGGAGACGGGCACCUCAGAGGAGAGCAAGAAACUGGAGGAGAACAAUCAUAGACAAGAGCCUUAGACUGCACACAGGACCGGACACUCAAGACACAGAGAUGGUAGAAGAGAGGCCUUGUCACACUGAAUGUGCUGUACAACAACAACAACAUAUCCAUCAUCUGAUCUAAGACUCCUGAUAGGCUGUCAGGCUGCAUACGCGCGCAUCACAGAAUCGCCUGGAAUAUUUCUAGACCCAGACAAACAGUUCCUCCAAAAGCAAAACCCCCCAGCACCAUGCAAGAAUUAAAAACACCUGUGUUGUAAACAUUUAGUCUGCACUGAAAACUGUCUUUUAAUUCUGUUUUAUUUGAUUUACUUGUGUUGUUAGUGAAUGCUCUUUUCUUUCUUUCUGUCUUUCUUUCUUUCUUUCUUUUUUUCUUUCUCCCCCCAUGCGCGUUGCUGGUGUGAUGGGUUCAGCUUUCCUCCUUCUUUUUUUUCCACCUCUUUUUAGUAGAAAAAGAAAAUUACUGUACACUUUUCAGGCCUUUGUAAAUACGUCACUGGUAAGCACAUUCUCUUUGGUCAGUGCUGAGAUCGCUGUAUAUUUCAGGUUUUAAGUCAUGCGGGAUCACAGAAGCAUGCUGGAUUAUGGAGAGAUGAAGACAUCACUGCUGUUACAUUCUCACGCUCUGUUUAGAUUUAUUGUGUUUUUAUUUAUUUUUUAUUUUUUCCCCUCACUCCGAUCAGAACCAGUUCAGGUUGUCGCCACCCGAUAUCUCAAUUCCCAUUGGUCCAGAAGCGGAGUUGAUUUCCUCUGAAAGGUUUAGGACACAUUGUAUAUUAGUAGCGAUAGGAAUAUUAGCAGUAAGGUUCGGACUCUAAAUCUGAUCAACGUUGUUAAAAAUGAGGCGUGUCCUAACAAACCCUCGAACGGCCUUACAGUAACUUACUGUAAAUCCUAUAGAAGGCCAUCCCAAGCUCAGACUACUGGCUAAAAUACACUACACAGGUUGAUUAUGUACUAUAUUAUAUACUAUAGACACUAAGUUCAAUGUCAUAACUCAUAUUUUGUAGUUAUCAUCAAUCAUGGAUACUUGACUCGCCAGUUCGAACAGGAGAUUAGCAUAAAAUCCACCAAGAAAUAACACUCGUACCAUAUUUUGCAGCCUUGCACAAAGCCUUAAUACCUACUUUUAUUUGAUUAUUUAUUUCAAGAAAUAAAGAAAUGAAGUUUACUUUCUUUGUGCCAGAUAGAAUGAUGUUCUGCCUUGAUUUCUAUCAGCGUAUGUAGGUUGUCUAUAAGGUACAAUGUGCUUUUAUUAAUAAACAUCGGCACUCGAUUGCUCCGUAUGUUAUUUUUACUUGAUUAUAUAUUUUUUUUUACAUUCUUAUUAGUCUGACUGAUUUAGAGUCCCACACUGUAGUUUGAACCUGUGAUAGUCUGAGGCGUCGUUCCGUUAACUGUGGUCUGAAGAGGUUGUAAAUAUGUCCAGUCUUUGUGUCUUAGCUCAUGUUUGGCUAUUUAUGUUGUGUAUGAGGUUAGUUGCACUUCUGCCUGGGCGUUAGUUAGGUAUAAAAUAAAUAAAAAAAUAAAUAAAUUCUCCAUCCACAUACUCUUAUUUAUGUUCAGUGUGUACCACUUUGGAUGGUUAUGCGAGAUGUUUGGAGACGUGAGAUUUAGUUUAGUUUUGUCUCUCUAGACGAAUUUGGGAAAUUUUUCGUCUCAUGCAUUUGUUUAUUUUCGAACCAUCAGGGCAGCAGUGAAACCAAAGAAGGUAAAUGAGAAGGAGGCCAUAAAAGUGUUUGUAAAUACCGACUUUUGGUUUUGUACUUUUGUUGAAAAUAAAGUGUACAUUUUAAA